AAUUCGCGUGUGAAACUUCGCCAGUCAUCGACGUAGGAUAACGAAAGGGAGAGUUGUGGAUGGAACCGCGGCUCUUGUUGUGAAUCAAAAUCAGGAAAACAAUAACCUAAACAAAAUCAAAAAGCAAAUCACAACUCUCUUCAUUCAAAUCCACUGUACGUUCAUCUCUUCCUUGAUUAAUUUCUUUCUUGUUUAUUCUUUGUUCAUUCAAAUGUGUUUUUUCAAGGUUAUUUCAGUCAUAUGAUUAGAGUUAGGUUUCAGUUUUAACUAAUUCGUGAUGGCAACUCUGUUAAAAUCACUCUCCCACAUAACAAACCCAUCUUCGGAACCCAAAAGGGCAUGUGGGUUCUUCUCACACGUUCCAAAUCUUCAUUCUUUUUCACUCAACAAAGGUUUUUCAAGAGUUUUAGCAUCAACCCAGAUCACCAUUUCUCCAAAAGACUCUGUUUACACUUUACCCAAUUGGAAGUAUGGUAAAAAUGACUCUAGAACUAGGGACCAUAAGCUCAAUGAUGCAUUCUUGCAUUUGGAGAAAAUUGUGUUGAAGGGUCACAAGCCUGAUGUGGGUCAAGCCACUAACCUUUUGUAUGAUUUGUGUAAGGCUAAUAAAAUGAAAAAGGCAAUUAAAGUUAUGGAAAUGAUGGUUAGUUCAGGGAUUAUUCCUGAUGCAUCGUCUUAUACUUACUUGGUGAAUAGUUUGUGUAAGAAAGGGAACGUUGGUUAUGCAAUGCAAUUAGUUGAGAAAAUGGAGGAGUAUGGGUAUCCGACGAAUACGGUUACUUAUAAUUCACUUGUUAGAGGACUCUGUUUGCAUGGUAAUUUGAAUCAGAGCUUGCAACUCUUGGAUAAGUUGAUACAGAAGGGGUUAGUUCCGAAUGCAUUCACUUAUUCGUUCUUGCUUGAAGCUGCGUAUAAGGAAAGGGGUGUGGAUGACGCAAUGAAGUUAUUGGAUGAGAUAAUUGUUAAGGGUGGGAAGCCGAACUUGGUUAGUUACAAUGUAUUGUUGACUGGGUUGUGCAAGGAAGGUAGGAUUGAAGAGGCGAUUCGGUUCUUUAGGAAUUUGCCUUUGAAAGGGUUUCAUCCGAAUGUUGUGAGUUAUAAUAUUUUGCUGAGGAGCUUGUGCCAUGAAGGACGGUGGGAGGAGGCGAAUGAGCUCUUGGCGGAGAUGGAUGGAGAGGAUCGUGUCCCGUCAAUAGUUACUUAUAACAUACUAAUAGGUUCCCUUGCAAUCCAUGGUAAAGCAGAUCAAGCUCUCAAGGUUUUGGAUGAAAUGAUUAAGGCUCGUUUUAAGACCACUGCUGCUAGCUACAAUCCAAUAAUUGCUUGUCUUUGCAGAGAAGGAAAGGUAGAUCUGGUGGUCAAGUGCCUGGACCAAAUGAUUUAUCGGCGAUGUAAACCAAAUGAGGGAACAUAUAGUGCCAUUGCAAUGCUCUGUGGAGUCGGGAAGGUGCAAGAAGCAUUUUCCAUCAUUCAAAGCCUGGGGAAUAAACAAAACUUUUCAAUGCAUGAAUUCUUCAAAAAUGUGAUUGCAAGUUUGUGUAGAAAAGGGAAUACAUACCAGGCAUUUCAACUUUUAUAUGAAAUGACAAAGUAUGGAUUUACGCCCGACUCUUAUGCAUAUUCAUCUUUGAUCAGAGGGUUAUGUAUGGAGGGAAUGCUUCAGGAGGCCUUGGAGAUUUUCAUGGUAAUGGAAGAAUAUGACUAUAAGCCUGAAGUAGAUAACUUCAAUGCACUUAUACUUGGAUUAUGCAAAUCAAAAAGAACUGAUUUGUCUCUAGAAGUUUUUGAAAUGAUGAUCGAGAAAGGUCACAUGCCUAAUGAAACAACAUACACCAUUCUAGUGGAAGGAAUUGCCCAUGAGGAAGAGACCAGGCUCUCCGCUCAAGUUUUGAAAGAGUUGCAUUUGAGAGAUGUUGUGAGUCAAAGUACUGUCGAAAGACUGGUUAUGCAAUACGACCUUGAGGGUUUACAAACGUAAAUAUUUGAAGGCAAAAGAAAAGUGGAAAACGAGCUGGUGAUUUAAUGCCAGCACCUCGUCAAGGAAACUGUUCGUGACUGGUGAGUUUGAGAUAGACAUUUAAUCAUGAAUUCUGUAGAUUGAUAAAUAAAACAAAGACUUCUUCAAAAAGAUGUAUUUGUAUUUUUUUAAGUUAGGGAAGAAGUGGUUGAAGAAAAAGGAUUCUAGGUCCUAAGGUAUUCUUUCACUUGCUUAUUAUAUUGUUUAGUGAAUUGAAGCAACCAUUUUCAUCAUUUAGAGAAGUUAAAUUUCUUGAGUAUAUGUUUGGUUCAACUUAUUCCCUCAAAGUCAUCUAAUACAAACCAUUCCCUUUGUGCACGCUUAUAUGGUCUAUAUUUUAAAUGCAUAGCGAGCCUUGAUUGCAAUUCCUUAUUUCACGAUGAUUAGUGAACAUAUGAUCAAUUUUAAUCUAGGAUACGUCGAGCAAUAUCAUUUACUUGAUAUAUUUAUUCAUUUCUACUUUGGUUGCAGAUAAGACUGAGGAAAAGAAAUUUACGAACAUGUAGGAAGGCACACUUGGGAUAUUGUGUUUUGAUAAAUGGAUUAGGAUGAUUCCUGAUUGUUGAAGGUUCUAAAACUGUUUUUCCUUUUUUUUCCUUGUCUCUGUAAUGACCAUAUAUUGAAAGAAAAAAGGUGCCAAAAAAAAAAAGUGCAUUAUCUUCUCCUCAGAAUGGAUUAUUCUUCUUUAC